UUUCAUUUUUAACUCUUUUUUUUAGUACUGCUAACUUAUUUUUUGUUAGGGUGUCCACCUUUUUUUUGUUGUUGGGUUUCUGAGAGCCGGCUAGAAUUGAUGUAAGUAGCCAUGGCUGGCUUAGAUCUAGGCACUACAUCACGGUUUGUACACCAACCAUCUCAGCUCCAUAGACCAGACUUGCACCAGCUGCACACCUCUGAAUCCCAAUUUUCUGGUCAAAAUCGCGACAGAGAAGAUGAGAAUCCUAUGGGGGGUGCCCCGGGAGGACUUGAGCUUGUGACCUCUAGCGACUCCUCAGGCAGAAGGCCACGGGGCCGACCCCCAGGCUCAAAGAACAAACCAAAACCGCCUGUGAUAAUUACACGAGAGAGCGCAAACACACUCCGAGCGCACAUAUUAGAGGUUGGGGCGGGGUGUGACGUUGGUGAAUGCGUCGCGACGUAUGCUCGCAGGCGCCAGAGGGGCGUCUGCAUACUGAGUGGGACUGGGGCGGUGACCAAUGUGAGUCUCCGGCAGCCGGCGGCAGCUGGGGCUAUUGUGACGUUACACGGCCGUUUUGAGAUUUUGUCACUCUCAGGGUCCUUCCUGCCGCCCCCCGCCCCUCCUGGGGCAACCAGUUUGACGGUUUUCUUGGCCGGAGGCCAGGGGCAGGUUGUGGGGGGAAGUGUUGUGGGGGCGUUGGUGGCAGCUGGGCCGGUGAUUGUGAUUGCUGCUUCAUUUGCAAAUGUGGCCUAUGAGAGAUUGCCAAUAGAGGAUGAGGAGCCCCCUUUGCAGAUUCAACCGCCAGUUUCUCAGGCGUCGGCGACCCAUUUUUCGGACCCCAAUUCAGGGUUACCUUUCUAUAAUCUUCCUCCUAAUAUGGUGAAUUGCCAGUUGCCGGUCGAUAGCCAUGGUUGGGCUGGGAACCCUAACCGCCAGCCUUUCUAGAACUCAUGAUUGAUGAAAGGAUGUUCAGGUACUCGAUUCUCUUUUGAGUGUGAUCAAGACAGGAUGGGAGCUAAGAGAGGAUUGAAGGAAUGGAAAUUCACUUUUGGGUUGGAUUAACCGCUGUUGCUCAUGUUUGUUGAUGAUCAGGAUCGCGCACAAGUGUGAACAAAGUUGUCAAGAGACGGAUUUUUGGCUGAGCUGCUGGAAUUCAGUUGCGGGCCGUUAGUCGCCUGUAGUUUUUUGCGAGGUUAGCAUGUUGAUGGAUUGUGUAAAAUUAUGUUUUCCUUCUCUUUAGCCCCUUUUGAUUUCUGAUUUCUCAGUUGUUAUUCCCCAUAGUUAGAACCCUUCUGUUUCAUAUGCUACUGGUUUGAGGCUUUUUCUUGUGCAAAUCCAUCUUUUCACCUUGAUAACUGUUGUCACAAGAACUACUGCAAGUGAUGCUACGAGUUAACCACUACUGUUGCUUCUAUCAUUUUGUUAUAUUAUAUGGUACU